UACCUUAAGUACGUAGUAUUGUUCCCGAGACUGGAGUCGAUCUUCCAACUGCAUUUAAACAUGAAGAUGAGGCUGUUAGAGAGGAAUAAAGACAGUCACGUUAUAAGUCUCUCGACAAUAUGGAUCACGUAAGAUAGUUAGUAAUCUUUGAGCUGUUUUGGGCAAGAAAAGUUGGCAGCCAAGGAUCCAUCCGUCCUCUUCUCGGGCAAAGAUGAACGAAGAGAGAGAAAUAUCAUCCGAACUGUCAAACGGCGUUCUUCAGCAGAUUCAGCAGAUUGUGAAGCAAAAUCCAAGUCUCCUUGAUAAAGGUACAGAGGAGUUGGAGACUGUUCUAACAACACUGGCAGCUCUCCCCUUCAAAGAUGAAGUCCAGCAGGCUAACUUCCUGGAACGUGUUCAACGUUUGGAAGGCAACCACAUCAUCCAGGUUUUCAAUUUAGGCGUGUCGCCUCUUCAGGAGUAUUUCCCAGAGUCUUCAGCCGAAUUUCUUGAAGAAGUGAUCAAGCUCUUUGAAAUUUGCUUUUCUUUCUGCUACACCACUGACGUGUCAAAGCGAGUUGCUUUUGACUAUUACGUCAGAGCUUUGAAAUUCUGCUUCCCUUCGGAGCCAAAGCAAUGCUUGUCAACUUCAGCUGUUUGCAAAUUACUCGAACUUGUACAGAUUUUUCAAGAAGGGAAGCUCGCUCACAUUGCCAGUAACGAGACUGAGAGUCCAGCCAAUUUAAGGAACUUGCAAUUCAACGGAACCAGUUAUCUGUUUGGUGAACUCCUGCAGAUAUUUGAAUCCCGGCGACACGACGACUACCUUGUGGAAAUUAUCGAGCAAACAGUGCGGUUAGCUUCUGCAGAUGCAAACGUAAAAUGCAUUCAACAACAUGCAAUCGGAGAAGUGACAUUGCGGAACGAAAACGUGGUUUCUCCAGUUUUCGUGACAAAUUGGAUGAAACUUCUCAAGUUAACAAAUGUGAGCAAUGACUUUGCAGUCUCUUUAGCAAAAGUUGACCGCCUUCGUUGCACAGAGCGAAUUACACCCGUACCAUUCUUUUUAGUCGGCCUCAUGUUACGAAGUAACCUUACUUACGAGUCCACCGUUUGCUUUUUUGCGAGGGUUCUAGAAGAAAUGGAGAACGAAGGCGUCAAGGUUAGCUUCCCCAAUGACAAGGACAGAUUGGACAUAUUCUUCAACCAUUUGAAUCACUUCAACUGCAAUGAUCGUGACGUGACAGUGAUAUCACUAAGGCUAUUGGCGGCUACGAGCAUUAGCAAUGGAGUUCUAAGAGAGGUGCUUGACAAGUGUUUUUACAAAGAGAUGGUACCGCCGAUAGAGGUUGUUGUUGGGAAAAACGCGUUGGAACUGCUCUUUAAAGUUUUAUCGUUAUUCCCUGACGGAGAAGUGGUUAAGAAAGUUUUGACGUUCUGGAGAGAAGCCUUUUCUGAAGAUCCGGGUUUCCAAAUGCUAGAAUGCUUGUUGAGCCUCUUCGACGAGGAAGCAUCAAACUGCGAAAGAGCUGUUUUACAGGAAAGGGCAGAAAGAACAUUGGAUUUCUUAGAAUGGCUUCCUCUCCCCAUAGUUCGUUUGAUAAGCGUUUGGCACAGGUUCUUUUGCUGCUUUAUAAGGAUAUUUCCAUCUACGUUCCAUCGGCGUGCAGAGGUAUUGGUUUUUAUUCACAAAGCCGUUCGAGUGCCAACCGAACAACGCCAAGCUUAUUUCUUCUUUGAACAAGACCCCGCUCUUCCGUUGUUGGAAUGGAUUUCUCAGCAAAGCUGCACAGAGGAAAUGAAGAGUGAGAUGAUUUGGCUUCUCAUGUGUUCUACGGACAGAGCAGUGGGCCGCAACUGGGUGAUUGAUACUGGGGUCAUCAGAUCACUAGCCUUGUGCCCGCGGCUGCAAUUUAGCACCAAGAAAUACACUGUUCGCGAGCUGAAUGAAUUUGCCCCAUUCUUCAAGGAGCUAGAGGAAAAGUAUUUAAAAGAAUUCGUCGAAAAAGUCCUAUCUAAUGAAACUCUUGAAUUUAUGGAUGAACUCUUCUUUGAGUUUCUUCCCUUCAUCCAGCGUUUCUUAGACAAGCAGAGGCCCAGCACCAUCCCUACAGACGUCUUGAAACUUCUGUCUUUGCUGUCAAGAGUUUCAAUUUCCGGUACAAGAAGAGUGAAAGUAAUCCAGAUGUCGAAGGAAUCUGGAAAAGGUUUGCUGAGUGGGCUUCGCAUUUUGCAGUUAGUUGAAAUGUAUCAAUGUGUCGUUAAAGAAAGAACAAAUGAAUAUUUUGAUCUUCUUGUCUCUGUACUGGCUGAGACUCUCAAAGGUGACGAAGAAUUAUGUGAGAUUUUUUACAACCAACAUCGCUGCAUUUUUCCUUCAACCGAAGUUCUAAAGGUCUGGACUACUUCAGUCGCUGAAUUGAUAUCUCUGGGUUCGUUCAAAGAAGACACCGAAUCGCGAUGUUGCUGUCCUGUUCUGCAACGAGCUGGGGAAUUUAGUUCUCCGUCUGAGAUUUCACAAAUUCUCACACAAGUAAGGUCAACUGCCGAAAGUGUUGUCCACUUGUCAAGCCAAGGCAUAGUGAAGGCUCCAGCAUCCCGUGAUUUUCAACCUACUUCACAGGGGAGUUCCACUGAGCAAACCGAUCCCCUUGAAAACUUUGUUGAAGCGCUCAGGAUCAUUCUGGAUACAGAUGUGUUAUCGUCUUGCGAGAAAAUGCUGCUGGUAAAGAAAGUAUGUGACUACGUUAUUAGCACACCCGAUAUUUUAACAUCAACAACCUUGAGCAAUGCCUUGACGAAUUUGAUCCCUUGUACGUCCUGGCGACAAAGUACCGUUUCAUCAAUUGAAGAGCUAGGCGUCAGCCAGGAGUGUCGUUGCAUCGUAACCGUCAUGGAACAUCCCACAGAAUUCUUUCAGCUGUCGCGCAGAAUCCCAUUCAGCUUAAACGAUUCUCUAUCUUCCGUUCUCUUCAGAAAGACUGCAAACUCAUUUCCAACAGAUAACAUCGUGGAUAUAUUUCUUUUCAUUGGCUCACUAAAGGACCUAGAUCAAGCAUUCUUUGACCAUUUGGUGCCUUUUUUAGAUGAAGCCAUCCAGGAAUCCAUGUCUGUGAAAGACGUACUAGAACUUUUGAAUGAACUGGUGCAAUUCCUCCGCGGAAUUUGCCCAGGAAUGAUUCCUAUCACGAUGCUCAACUUCGCUUAUCUAUUACAAAAUUCGGUGAACAAACAGGAAAGGCAGCAAUUUCUCACGGAACUUGAACUUGCCAUGAAGUGGGAACUUUCACCAAAGUGGCGCGUUCUUUCGUUUUUGGAAGUCCCUGGACUUCUCUGGAAAUCGUACAACAGUGUCGGCACCCCAGAAAAGAGAUGUGAAAUGAUUUGUCGUGUGCAAGACAUCUUCAAGAAAUCCAGCAAGCUGGAAGAUUGGGCAAUGAGGAGACCUCAGUGUUUCGAACGCCGUGAAGAUAGGAUUACACGACGAAUUGCUUGCUGCGAGCUGGAGUGGCUGGUUUCCCAUUCCUCCCUUUCAACUGUGGAUGCUGCUCUUGUAUUUGACCUGAGCUGUGUUUCCUUACAAAGGGCGUCAUCCGUGCACCAUCUUAGGUGUUUUACGUUUUCUGACGUUCAAAUCAGUGAAGAUGGGGUUUUCACGUUUGCCUCUCAAGACAAUGAUACGGCAUCAGAAGUAUCAACUGCACAUGUACCUGUCAGAGAGAUUGGGUCAACAUGUAGUGUUUCGGCACCUACAGAAAAUGGCUCUCCAACCAUGGUGCCACAAAGCGUCAUUUUAACACCAGUUUUAGUGGCAAAAGAAGUGAUUCAGUUCUUAAAGGGUGUACUUGCACAAGACGAAGAACCCUCUGAAAAUGCCUUUGCGCUAUGGGACCUUGUCUUAAGCAAGUACAAACCACUCUUUCGGUGUGAGGAAGAAUGUACAUCGGCUUAUUCUCUUUUUGAUGAUUACAUUCAUGUUUUCCUGUCAAUUCUGUCAGAAGCCUCGUCAAUAGAACAAGUAUUCCACUGGGCAAGAAUAGAUCCACAUCACGCCUGCCAGUGCUCAAAGGUAAUUUUGGAAGCUUGCAAGUGGAAAGGAGACAAGGCUGACAAGGAGGAUCUCUUGAAACUUCAAUCUGAAGUGAGCACAACCCUGGAGAAAAUGCGAUUAAGUAAACAGAUAAUACACAGAACUCCAUUCGGGAACGUUGCUUUUUCAGUUCCAUGCUUUCGCCAUCUCAAACCACAGUUAACACACAUGCGUAGUCUCCUAGAGAGCAGACUACCGUUUGAGGUCACAGCACGAAUUCUUGCCCUCUACCAAGUCAAUGUCCAAGCUGGAGUCACAGUCGGUGAGAUCGUCUUUCUCUGGUCAUGCGAACAGCAGUCACUGGAACUAAUAGAAAACAUCCAAUCCUUUUAUAAACAAGACGAGAUGUCUUCGUUUAACCCCGCACAAAAUGAAUUUGCUUGGCAAUUGCUAAACGCAUUUGGUCGCAUUUGCAUGAACUCGUCUGAAGAUCUUUUAGUCAGGUUGAAGGAACUGAUUUUACUGUACGACCCAGACGAUGCGUAUGGUCUCAACCGUCUGCCCAAAUGGCGAGAGACGACGAUAGCAGACGGCUUUCCCGUUCGGGCGAUUGACUCCUGGUGUGCAGCUUUCCUAAUGACGCCGCUGGAAGACCUUACAUCGCGCGAUGUUGAUGCCAUUGUUGACCUCAAUUCACACUCCUUGGGGCUUGUUACAUCUGUGUCACAGACUAUUAAAAGAGUCAUUUUUCCUGACGAUGGUUUUCAAGUGACACAAGGGAAAGGAAUCAAAGAAAUUCUGAUCAAAGAACGAAUCCGGUUAGCAAGAUUGCUUGGUGAGUUCAUCAACAUCCUGAAAGUACGAAAACCCGAGGAAAACCACAAAGAUGCUGUUAUCAGAGACAUAGUUGUCGAUGCUUGUGCUGAGCUUUGCGAUAGUCAUAAAAAUAACCGAAAACGGAACGACCUGUACAAAAUCCACGGUCAGAAGCUUAAGGCUCUAUUCACAGAGAUCUUCGGUAAGCGACGUAAGAGCGUGGAUGGUCAAGCUAGUAUUCAAGAUUGCGGAUUGGCACACCGAGGAGACGCACAAGCAGUGAGAGUGGCAGUAUCUGUAGCAAGACAGUCGUCUUACCUGCACGAAAACCUUCCAUCUGUGCUGUCUAAUUCACACGUCUAUGAGCCAAUGCUGGUAUUGUUGAGGCGUUGGUUAUCAGGGAUCGUCACUAAGCCAACCCUUGCCUCUCACACUCUUGCGAUUGUUCAGCUACUGUUUUCUCUUCACCCCUCCAAUGCGGGUCCCGAUCUUCUAGAAGAAUUGCACGGCAUUAUUCAGUCUCGCGUUUUAUCCCUUGAAGAAAAUCAGUCUCUCGUGGCGCAGCUCCAAGCAGCAGGAUACAACCAAAGGCGCGAAGGUAUUCCUGACCUGUGGUCGUCACUUGUGGUGGAGCUUCCUUGCUACCUCAGCAAGCGCGAGAAUCCAAGCAGUAGACUAUUCAAGAAAAAACUGACUGAAGUCCUGAGACGUCUUUGGCAGCAGUUGAAGGACAUCCUAUUCAGGCUUGGUCGCCCUUCGAUUAAAGUUGGCGAGGAAGAAGUGUGUACGAAAGAUCUCUUUGGUGUUCAAGCUUCUUUGGAGGAGAUGGAGGAACAGGCUGCUGCCGUAAAGGAAGUUGUCCAGGAAAUUGUUAAGCAAAUUAACUCAGAAAACCUAGACAGAAGUGUGAAGCAGUUGAUGCGUCAGGAACAGCGUCAUCGAGCAAGGAUUGAAAAACUCUACAAAAGCAACAAGGUGAGUGAAGUUCACUUAAUUAUUUACAUCUUAUUGCGUAGUCUGUUCUCCAUGAGUGUUUGCUUCAUGCAGUUCAACAGUUGCCUUCAACAGCUCAGUUGUGUUAACUGUAAUUAUUAUCUAUUGAACUCACUAUCUCUUUUCUGAUUGGCCGAAAGCGUACAGUGAAUUUUCGAAAUCAGUGGCUGUGACGUCAUACCUGCAGAUUACACAGUAAUCAUGUAAAGGACACUCAAGGUGUAAUCAUGUCAUGUAUGACCGUGGUGCAUGAUUUCUAAAUGUAAUCAUGUCAAGUUCGCG